AGCUGGGGGAGCGGAGGUUGUCAAACCGGAAGUGGAUCUUUCGCAUGCGCUCCAAAACACCGAAAAUGGCGGCGCCCGUCGAUCUGGAGCUGAAGAAGGCCUUCUCGGAACUUCAGGUGAAGAUGAUCGACACGCAGCAGAAGGUCAAGCUGGCCGACCUGCAGAUCGAGCAGCUGACGCACGUGCAGAAGCACGCCAAGCUCACGCACGCCGAGAUCAACACGCUGAGCGACGACACGCGCACGUACGAGGGCGUCGGACGCAUGUUCAUCCUGCAGUCCAAGGACGACAUCACGCAACAGCUGAAGAUCAAGCAGAAGACGGCUGAGGGGAAAAUCAAAGAACUGGAGCAGAAGAAGGUGUACCUGGAGCGCAGCGUGAAGGAGGCGGAGGACAACAUCCGCGAGAUGCUGCUGUCCAGGAGGGCUCAGUGAUCGGCCGGCUUCAACUGGUGUUCAUUAAACCGCUUGUGUCAUCA